GUGCUCAUUGUAAGCUAGCGGGAGAGUUUUUUAUUUAGCUAAGAAAGGCAAAAAUCAAACCAUUUCAACAAUACAGACUGAUUAAAAAUGGCCGGGACGGCGUCAGUAGCUGGUGAAGUGUUUGUCGACGCUUUGCCGUACUUUGACCAAGGUUACGAUGCAGCAGGUGUCAGAGAAGCGGCUGCAGCUUUGGUGGAGGAAGAGACCAGAAGAUACCGACCCACCAAGAACUACCUGAGCUACUUGCCCACCCCUGACUUCUCUGCUUUUGAGACAGAAAUCAUGAGGAAUGAAUUUGAGCGGCUGGCGGCUCGGCAGCCCAUGGAUCUCCUGAGCAUGAAGAGGUAUGAGCUGCCAGCCCCCUCAUCAGGACAGAAGAAUGACAUCACAGCAUGGCAGGAGUGUGUGAACAACUCGAUGGCCCAGCUGGAGCACCAGGCAGUCCGCAUAGAGAACCUGGAGCUCAUGUCGCAGUACGGAACCAACGCGUGGAAAGUCUACAAUGAUAACUUGGCCUUCAUGAUUGAGAUGGCACAGAAGGAACUUCAGAAAUUCAGGAAGCAAAUACAAGAUUUAAACUGGCAGCGCAAGAAUGAUCAGUUAGCAGGAGGAGCCAAGCUGCGAGAGCUGGAGUCAAACUGGGUGUCUCUGGUCAGCAAGAACUACGAGAUCGAGCGGGCCAUCGUCCAGCUGGAGAACGAGACAACUCAGCUCAGACAGCAGCAGGGGGACGAGAACAAGGAGAACAUCCGACAGGACUUCUAAGGCAGCUGAUCUACAAACUAAAGAUCCCUCAAUCAGGAACAUGUCAUCUUGUUUCAUUUGACCAUUUGAUCAGACUGCACUAAGAAGCAGCCCGAGGAGGGGAAGUUAACCAAAUAGAGGAGAUUUGAAACUGCUGGUGUUCAGCGGCGUCAUCAAAAAACUCGGACAUUCACAAGUGGUCCAGGAACCUUAGUGACUACACACGUUUUAUGCCUCUCAGUCUACUGUAAAGAAACAGUGGUGGGAUGUGGUGUAAUGCAGCUCUUUGACGAUACCUUUUUCAAAAGGUCACAGAAAGCCUCACAGGACGUUUUCUGGCAAACCUCCUAUGAACAAGAAUCCAAAAAAAUGGAGAUUCGUGGAUGAAUUAAAGUCACAGGGGUUCACGUUCAAAGACAGUAAAAUUAUAUCAAAACAUGUUCGCAAACUCUCACACAACUCGUGCAUUAUGAUCCAAGUCUCAUUUAUCCCGACGUAUGCUCAGUGCUACUCAGAAAGACAGCCUUUCUUGACGGGAAACUAAGGCCAAAUUGAAAUAUUCCCUUUGCGUUUUAUAAAUAAAGUAACAUUUAGAGAAUAAUCCUUUGUUCAAGGAUGCACAAAAACAACUGAAAGUGCUGUAGUAUGCAUGCCAGGCCAGUAUUUAGCCGUGUAAAUUUGUAAUGACACACCAUAGAAGAACACCACGUAAAGAGCCGUUCUCACAGGAUCCGCACAUUGCCAGUUCACACGGUGACAGAAGUUUUAAAAGAUGACGCCCCCGAAACAUCACUAUCAUGUAAACAAAAAGGCCAAAUCGUAACAAAAGUUAACAUUUCCUGCAAGAAUAGUGGAGAUGUAAAUAACCCCUAAAAAUAAAAGUCACCGAUGCUCACUUUAAUACCAGACUCCAUUGACAAAAACAGUCUUUUUAUCUUGCUGAACACAAGAGCUGCUGGCUCACUGCUGCUUAGAUUAGUGAGUUUGUAUUAUUGUGUAAGUUUGAUGUUUUGAUUGGUUAGUUGGGAUUUACCAAAGUAACACAAUGACUCAAACAAACCACAGAUUGAAGCAGCGGUUGUUUAGCAGCUCCUGUGUUCAGUGAGGUAAAAGUAUUGUUUUUGUCAGUGGAGUCUGGCUCUGAGGAGAGCGUGGAUAAGAUUCAGGUCAGUUGCCGGUCAUGCAGGGCCGUCUGUUUGAGACGCACUGAGCACACGACUGGAUAAAUGAGACUUGGAUUAUACUGCACAAGUUGUUUGAAUUGGGCAAAAGAUGUUUGAUAUAGUUUUGGUGUUGCUUAACAUGGCUUCCCUCCGUUUUUGGAAUCUUUUUUUAGCAGAGGAAAAAAGUUUUCUUCACCUAUUAAAAUGUAACACAACACAAGGUACAUAACUGAAAAUAAAGUAUUUUGUGGGAGUAAAUACUCUUGCUUUAAAAUCCCUUUAAAGCAAGACUAUGUAUGAUUUGCAACAACUGUAGAAGAAAUUCAUCUUUUAACAAAUAGAAAGUUGAAUACAAAAGCAAAAAAUCAAAUCUUUGCUUGACCGGUAGCUAACGGCUUGCUAAUGCUUGGGAAUGUUAGCAAACUUCAGAUGUAAUUGUGUACCUGAGAUUACUGAGCGGGUUUUCUGGCUGUAAGAUUAUGUUGUUCUUGUUGUACAGUUACAGUGGCAUUUAACAGUCUUCCAUAAAUGCCAUAAGUGACAUUAUUCAGCAAAAGUGACCUAAUCUUGCUCUAAAGUGUAACUUAUACCAGCAUCGUUGCUUUCAGUCUUUGAGGCUGUCUACAGACACAGGUGUGUUUAGAGGUAAAUGUACAUAGUUUGUCAACUCUGUCAAAGACAACAUUAUCUCUGUGAGCUCCACCUUGACUUUUAUUGAUGUGAUUUUUACACAGUUUGAAUAAAAUGAAUCUUUCAUAUAUUU